GGCUGGUGCUUCGGUGUGACCGAAAAUCCCUGGGCGUCAGGCAGUCUUGGCCGUCCUGGCCAUGGCCCCCAUGACGGUCCCCACGAACGCGCGGGAAGGCACCAAGGUCUUGACCAAGUUGACCCGAGGAGGCCAGCUCCAGGGCGCCCUGCAUCUGAUGCAGCAGAUGAGAAAGCUCGCUGUGAGGCUGGACGAGGUGCAUUAUCGCUGCGUUCUCUUCGGCACUGCUUGGCAACAAGAGUGGCUCCAUGCAAUGAAUUUGCUGGAAUCAAUGCAUCACAACGAGAUCACCAAGAACCAGGGCGCUUGCCACGCCGCCAUCAGCGCCUGUCAGUGCUGGACCUUGGGUGUCUCCCUGCUGAAGGCCAUGCGACAGAUGCAGCUGCAGCUGGAGG